AUGAAAAUAAUAUUGUAUAUUGUAUGUUUUACCAUUGUCUUUGCCUAAGAAUAUAAAACAAUUUACACUGCAUUUGAAGGCUCAAAUUAUAAUGAUGAUGGUAAACCCACAAAAUAAAAUUAGGCUGGUUUAUUUACUAUUCAUAUGGCGGCAAAUAUCAAGUUUGUCAUGGUGAAAAAUUAUUGGGUGGGUUCUCCACGUUUGGAGCAAAUUCCUUAAUUUCUAAACAAUUUAAGCUUCCACCUCAUUAUUCUGUAAGAGUUUAAGUUAGAUUCUGGAAGUAUUGCAAUCAUUAGUUUUCAGAAUCGAUAGUUGGGAUGCAGAGACUUUUUUAUUAAUGGUUGAUUAAGGUUAAUACUAGGAUAAAUAUUUUACUGACACUGGAGGAGAUUAUUGUGGCUGGACAUCAAUAGUUGCUAAUGAUUUUCCAGUUAAUAUUGAAAUUUAAGUUUCACACUAUUCAUCAUUGCUUACUAUAAUAAUGACUUCAAAUUUAGAUGAAGUUGCAUAUAAUGUAUUAAUGUUAAUAUUCUAGGAAUCAUGGGGAAUAAAUACUUUCAUAUUAGGAAUAUUACAAUGUCCUUAAGAGUGUUUAAGUUGUGAGGAUUCAACAUCUAAUUGCAUUAUUUGGAGUAAUUUAGCAUCAUAUUGGCAAAAUUCAAUGAUCGAUGAUGGAUGGUUAAUUAAUGGCAACGAACCGUUGUCAUCAAGUAUUUGUGGAGGUAUUGAAAUUGCUGGUGGAUAUCCCGUAUUAUAAUAAGGGCAUUAAAUAGAAAACCGUUUAUAAGAUUUACCUAUUCAUUUUCAAAUUAAAAUUGUAUUUAAAGUGUGGGUAAUUGGUGAUUGGUUAAAUGAAAUUUUUGCACUAUAAAUUGAUAAUAAUAGUGUGUAUUCUCUACAAAUCGAAAACACUAAUCUCCCUUUUAUUUGUGGUGGUAUCAAACAAAAAGUUAAAAUAAUAAAUGUUUAAAGCAUUACUUCCCAUACUUCUGAAGAAAUAAAUAUGGUUUUGUCAGCAACUCAAACUCCAGGAAAAAUUGCCUCUUGGGGGAUUUCAUCUUUAGAUUUAUAUAUAGCCAAAUGCUCAAACGGUUGUCAAGUUUGCUACGGAAUAAAAGAAACUGAAUGCAAUAUUUGUAUUAAAAAAUGGGGCUUUUAUUAAAAUAAAUGUAUUCCUGGUAUUUAUUUUUAUUUACAUUAGCUCCUUCUAUAGAGUGUAGUCAUAUCCAAAUUAUUUAAGUCAAUGAUUUAAAUUUAAGCUUUAAAAAUUCAUUUCAAAUAAAAAUAGAUGAAGUGAAUAAAAAUAUUACAGAUGAUGGCAAUAUAAAUGUAAUUGUGGGUGAACAAAUUCCCACUAUUACUUUUAAAAUUUCUGUUAAAUGUUAAGAAAACAAUACGAUUGACAGUUUUUUCAGAAAUUGUAAUUAAUGUUAAUAUGAUUAAUAUUAAUUUUCAAAUAAAUGUUCUCAUGGUAGUAAUGUUUUAUUAUACAAUUCAACAUUUAAGUAGGUCAUAGAAUCUGAAAAAGAAUUGAUAAUUAGAGUUUCAUAAAAAAGAUUAGAAAUUGUUCAACUAUCAUUAGAAAAUUAAACAGUGAGAGAAAUUUUAAUAAUCAAAAUUGAUAUUUUAACAGGCUGA